UUCUGUUAUCUACAGUUUCUCACAUUGAGUUAAAUCAUUUUUUUAGGUAGAUGUUCAACAAGUACAAGAUCACAUAAUUACAAUGAUGAAAUGAAAAAAGGAAAUGAUAUACAAUAUGGCAUUGAUUUUUAAGAAAUUUCAGUCUAUAAAAGUUAUUAGAUUUGAUAGUAAUGAGGAAUGGGGUACACAAAUUGUACAUGUAUCCAAAGAAGUAAAAUUUCAGUUAGCAUUAUACUGAUUGCAAGUCUUCAGAUAAAACGUAGUCAAAAUGACAGAGAAUUUAGUAAAUUCAGGAGAGUAAUUUUGGAUUGAUAGAUUUAGCAGAAGACCACUCUACUAGUGGGCUUUAACCAUUGAUCUGUGAUCAGAUUGGUAUAAACUGUGUUUUUUCUUUUACUUUGAUCUGUGUGAUGAUCACUUUGGACAUUGAAGAUAUACAGUCACCAUAAAAGACAAUUAUAUUUUACUAUAUCCCUCUACUGCACGACAUCUGUAUUCUUUGUUCAUACCGUACAACAAAUUACUUGGAAGGACAUAUUUUCCCAUUAUUAAAAUUUUCUCGCCGCUUGCACGCACAGGCCCCUCUCGGCCAACAAUGCAAGAAAUGAAUAUUCAUCAAUUGAUAAUGUCAAGAAUGCCCCAGGGAACAGAGUAAGGCUUGUGGGAGAGUUAGAAGGAGCAAAAGAUCACAGUUGUGAAGAUGAUGGAACAGGAAGCACUACACAUGGCUAACUACUCUCUCUUAGGACCCAGGUUUCACCGCGGCUGUGGGAUGGCAACACAGCCUUUUGUGACUGACAUGGCGGCGAUCCAAGCGACGGCAGCCCCGGCCCCGUCGGCCCCCCAGGGGGGUCAGGAGGGGACCACCAGUAUCAUCCAGGCCACACCCCAGACACAGCAGAUACAGCAGCAGCAGUUUGUACAGGUCUCAACCGGACACGUGAUUGUUGCAGGUGACAAGUACCAGGACGGACAGCUGCAGGAGGGCAGCGGGAGCGGCGGUGGGGGGGACACGGUCAACCUGCAGGCCUCGUCCCAGCCCCAGGCUGUCUACGCUGGACACGUGCAGUACGUGGAAGCCAGCGAUCCCAGCACAGCCAAUAUCUAUGCCAAUGGAACUAUCCCAACCACCUAUGCCUACAGCGACGCGCAGAUUUACACACAGGCGGGUCAGACGGCGUACUUCGACGCCGGCCAGACAACGACUGCAGGUAGGCAGCAACUAGGCGUGGUCACCACCUUGACGUCAGGAGCCAUGGGGGUUCAGCCUGCACAGGCGACAGUCAACCCCGCGCUCCUGGCCACGGGAGGGACCUACAUCAUACAGGGCAUGGACCACAGCCACCUCGCCAGAGCUCACCCUGGCGCGUCGGGCCAUCCUGUCACAUACCCCACACGGGCUUCUCCUAUCACGCGGGAUUUGUGGGACUCCGUACAACAAAGACCGCUGAUACAAUGGUUGCUAGAGAACUAUGAAACUGCGGAAGGCGUGAGUUUGCCUCGUAGCACGUUGUACAACCACUACUUACGGCACUGUCAGGAACACAAGCUCGACCCCGUCAACGCAGCGUCUUUCGGGAAACUCAUCCGGUCCGUUUUUCUUGGGUUGAGAACAAGGAGACUAGGAACAAGGGGGAACUCCAAGUAUCAUUACUAUGGCAUCCGGAUCAAAGCCACCUCGCCGCUUAACAGACUACAGGAAGACCAGGGUCACAUGGCCAUGCGACAACAGCCCAUUAACCAGGGCAAGCGGUACAUGUUCAAACCGACCGUACCGCGGCCGGAAGGGCUCGGAGACGCAGGGGCGGACCAAGCGGCCAGUGGCGCAGGGGAUUCCAGCCAAUCACAGCAGCAGCAGCACCAGCAGUUCCUAGGCGAUGCGUCCAGCGCCCUGCCCACCUUUCCCGAGAUCAGCACGACGUCAGACCCCGUCCCGAGCGGCGUAACCGCGGACGAUGUCAAGACUUUCCAGACUCUAUACAAGGAACAUUGUGAGGCCAUCCUAGACGUGGUGGUGAACCUCCAGUUUGCGCUGAUCGAGCAGGUCUGGAGAACGUUCUGGAGGAACCCCGCAGAGGGCGGGGAGGGACAGAACGACGCGGACAUGGAGAAGAGACUGACCAAAGACAAGCUGUACAUCCUGUGUGACUACGAGCCGGUCUGCGCGUUCAUGCGCUCGUGUGAUCACGUCUUCUACCAGUCACUAGUGGAGGUCCUCAUUCCUGAUGUUCUCAGGCCCAUUCCAAGUGCCCUUACUCAGGCCAUCCGGAACUUUGCUAAGUCCCUGGAAGGCUGGCUGUCAGCAGCCAUGACCAACAUUCCAAAGAAGAUGGUGAAGACCAAGCUUUCAGCAGUGAACGCGUUCUCCCAGACGUUACGGAGGUACACAUCGCUGAACCAUCUGGCACAGGCGGCCCGCGCAGUCCUACAGAACACCUCACAGAUCAACCAGAUGCUGAGCGACCUAAACAGGGUGGACUUCGCACAUGUACAGGAGCAAGCGUCGUGGGUGUGUCAGUGUGACGACGCGGUGGUGCACAGGUUAGAGCAGGACUUCAAGAUGACACUGCAGCAGCAGAACUCGCUGGAGGCCUGGGCAGUAUGGCUGGACAGCGUGGUCAACCAGGUCCUCAAGCCGUACGAGGGCAGCGAGACCUUCCCCAAGGCAGCCAGACAGUUCCUGCUCAAGUGGUCCUUCUACAGCUCGAUGGUGAUUCGGGACCUGACCCUGCGCAGUGCCGCCAGCUUCGGAUCCUUCCACCUGAUUCGCCUGUUGUACGACGAGUACAUGUUCUACCUCAUCGAACACAGGGUCGCUGCCGCCACGGGAGAGACGCCCAUCGCAGUUAUGGGUGAGUAUCUACACAUGGGUUCAGAGUUGGAUUGGGACGAGGGCAUGAGUGAGCAAGGUUCGCUCCCGUCCGUUGGCUUGCUAUCCAAUCAGGACACGUCUCCAAUCACUGAUCAACCAAUCAGCACUGUCCAACCUGUGUCCCUUGACCGUCUAUUUACAGAUCUAGAGUAAACUUCUGGAGAUGAAGGAGGGUGAUGAGAUCGAGGAGGUUCCCCAGCCGGGCACAUCCUCCGACUCCGUCCCCGCCCCCAACGGCACGGACGAGCCCAGCAUCAAGAUCCAGAAGCUGAACUAGUCCCGCCCACCAUCGGUCAACCGUAGAGACUUCAACUCCGUAUCAGGGCUGUCUCCAGCUCUCAAGAUCUUUCCGUUCCGUUGGCAGCCCAUGUUUUCGAUUUUUUUUCUUAAAUAUGUCAUGAUAGAAUUACUACAAUGUGUCUUCAUCAACUUCAUGUCAUGACGGUCAUAAUUUUUGGACUUAAUUUUUCUCUACGUCCCAAGAAGCCAAUCUUUGGCCCAGGAACGGAGGGAUGGGUUUUGGAGACAGUCUUGGUAAGCAGCUACUGUUACAGUAGUGGUGUUUUCAUAAUGCUUGCAGUUUUGAUAACAAGUUGAGCGGACCACGCCCCUCCUUUACCUCCCCUCUCUAGAGCAUUCUGCAAGUAUUUUCCUUGGUGCUUUUUGUAGCAGCUAACUAUUCCACGUGUAGCACUAAAAAGGUCAUAGUAAUAGUAACUUGUUCAUCCUCGUUCAAACUGAAAAGCAGAUGUAAUAUAAUAGCUGUUUUGAAAUCAGACUAUUUGCUGCUCCUUUGACUUUUCCUCACUGCUUGUACAGCUUCCUUGUGUCUUUGAAAGAAAACAAAAACUAUGGAUAGACUUCUGUUUCUGCUAUUGUAUAGAUAAUGUCAAAUCGGUUUGGUUUAGCUUUUUGGGGGAACAUUUUCGUGUCUUGUAGUUAAGGAUUGCAUAUUAAUUUCACAAUUGUGCAUUACUUGCAUAGGGGAACAAUGCUGAUGUGAAUUUGUGUGUGUUAUUCUUUCAAAGUUUUACCAGUUAAUGCGGGUUGCUUGUGUUGGAAUCCUUUUUGGCAAUGUAAAAAAAGAUUUUGUGUCUAUCAUAUCACUGGAGAGAGCUGUUACAAGCAGUUUGGACGAAAUCACAACUUUUGUACUGUUUGUAAUAUGUAUUCUAUAAAUAAAUAAAAACUACAGCAACACCAGUAAAUGGGAACAAAUUUAAUCCUGGCCAACGAUUUCUGAAGGCCAACAAUUUUUAUGAGUGAUUUAUUUAUUUCACAAUACAUGUAAAUCUGGUUGGAAAUGAAUCGAGUGUAAAGAGUAGAGGAGUUAGUAUUUUUUUGUUUAUUUAGUUGGUUGUUAGACUGUACGGUCGUAUGAAUGUAAGUAUUUGUAUACAGUGCACAGAUUUUUUGUGACAUGGGAAAUUUAUUUUUUCCCUUCCUAUUUGUAAACAAGUGUUUUUAAUAUUCAUGUUUUUGUCUGUAAAUUGAAUAAUUCAACAGUGUAAUGCACAACCACUGAGGGGCCUUCAAUGUGGCGAUAUGCAAAACCAUCGAUGUAGAGUUUUUGUGACUAGAAAUUCCUACAAGUUUUAUAGUGUUUUGGUUUGCUAGGAAACAGCCUUUUUAGCAACAUGUAGAAGUUAUCUGUGUUUUCUUGGUGCAAAAUUAUACUGUGUGCUUUUGUGUGUCAUGCUAAAUGAAAUGUAUAGUUGACAGUUUUUGAUUUGUAUUAGUUUGACAACAUUUUAUAAUUUAUUUGCAACUCCAGUGAAAAUUGUUGCUGAGGGUUUGGAUGUUGUUUUGUUUUUGUGUUCCGACACAAACAGUAUUUUCCACAAGAAAUGCCUUUAAUUUCGACGACUCUGCCUAAACAGAUAUCAGUACUGUAGUGUUAGCUAGUUUUUUUUUCUUUUUGUCUGCCAUGCUUUGAUUGUAGUCUCUGCAAAUCCCAUGUUAUUGUGUUGAUUCAAGACAAGUUACACAGAAUAGAUAAAAUGGUGCACUGACCAAACCUACCCCCACCGGCACAACUGUUGCCUAGAGCAGGACUAGAUGGUAAAACUUGGGGAACAGCAUAGCUUAUGGCAUUUGAGUAGGAAGACACAUAAGCAAGUCUUUAUGGGGUAGGUUUUGGGAAGAGUGGUUGAAAGCUAUUUUUGCUACAAUCUUGACAGAAAAUCAGUAUGUUUGCACACCAAGCAGUAAAGGUUUUUGUAACUACAGCUCAAAAGAGAGUGGAUUAAAAUAUCACAAACAGAACCUUAA